UUGGCGUUCAUUUUCCUUGUUUCACUCUUGUUUCAAGUUUCAUGAUUUUUCGCGCCAAUUUCACUCUUUUUGCCAGUCCUUCUUUUUUGUUUUCCGCUCCCUCCCUUUUCACUCCACGCUGUCUGAACUGCAACAGGACAGACUCGUGUCUCAAACAUCGCUGAUCCCCCCUUCGUGUCCCGAGUUGACUUUUUGACCCGACCCCCACCUAUGUCGUGGACCGCUUGGCUCGAGCCCUUGUUCGUCUGCAGCCAGCCGUCCAUUGAAAUCCCGCCUCUUGAACAUGGCGUCGUUCUUGGCCGAAAUUCGCUCCCAGACUUGAACGGCGACAAUCGCUGCUCGAGACGCCAAGCCACGCUGCGGUUUGACCCAGUGACUGGUGCACUCUCUGCCUGUGCGCAUGGACUCAACCCGUGCACCGUCAGCCGUGCUGCCGCGGUGCAAACAGGCAACGCCGUCGCGGCCGACUCGACUGCUGCCGCCACCCAGCCCGAGUGUGAUCCGCUGCCCCCCAACACGGCGGUCGAGCUGCACGAUGGCGAUGUCUUUCAUCUGCUCAUCACGGCAUUUCCGUUUCGGGUGCGCAUCCUGCCGCCUGGCGGCGUGCGCGCCCCUCGCAUGGCCAAUGCGAAAACCACCUUGCUCGCUUCGUCGACCACUUUCGUCCAAUCAUCAUCUCCUCACGAGGGUGGUGAAAAUGUAGCGAGUGUGCAAGAUCAGCACCGCAACAAGCGCCGAGUUUCAGCUCUCUCCAGCGACCAAGACGGCAACGGCGAGCCUACCCAGCGAUUCCCAUCGAUUGCUUCCAGCUCGAACAAGUCCGCGGAAACUCGCAAGCGCGUCAAGCUCGGCACGUCUGACCAAACGACUGACGCAUCUCUACCACCGUGUGUCCAUGGACUGGCGUGCACCAGCACCAACUUGCUUCACUUUGCCGAGUUCGCUCACCCGACGGCGUCCACUCCGGCUGCAUCUGUCCGGCACGCCUCCUCCGCUACUCGACUCGCGCGCAAAGCCACACUUGUGGAACAAGAUUCAGGCGAGGCUGCUGCUGCUGCUGCUGCUGCUGCGUUGAUUUCGCCGAUCGUUCGCCAAGCCACAUCGCUCACGCCACGUCUGCUGCUGCGUUCGUACACGGCCAUGUCCGAGAGCGAACGACGAUUGGUCAUUCAGAAGGCCAGCGCCCUUUCCAAGGAGCUCGAGGUCACUCGGCAGCAGGUGGCUGCGCGCAACGACGAGAUUCAAGAUUUGCGAGCGACGCUUGACAAUGGCCUGCUGCUUGUGGAGGGCGAAAAGGAGGCACUUGCGCGCCCAGACAACUCGGUGACCUACUUUCCGCUGUAUCCGUCGCGGACAUUUGCUGCGACCGCAGAGCAGCUGCACUUUCGCAUGGCGGAGUCGCAGUUUCAUCGCUUGCUUGAAGCCACGCCCACCAAUGUUCCCGUGAGCCACCCAGCGACUUCUUCUUCUUCUUCAUCGACACACCCAAAUGGCCAGAACGACGCGGAUGAGCUCAUCGCGAGCACCUCGGGCGAUGAAGAGGACGAAACCUUGCCGGAACCGGCCGUCCACAAGCUGUCCAAAUCCCAGCGCAAGCGUCUGCUGCGGCGUGCCAAGAAGCAGAAGGCCAAGCGCGCUCAAGUUCCAAAACCGAGUGCACCGCAGCAAGCAACCAUCCCAGAUCAAGACAGCAGCAGCAGCAGCAACAGCAGCACAGACGACGGCUUGGACUUGAGCGACCUUUCGCCAGCUCGGGCAAGCAAGCCGGACGAGUACAAGUACUGCGUCACCUGCGUCGAGUAUGUCGUCGCCCCGCGACUUGUCCGUCGAUUCCAGCAAGCGCGGCAACACAUGGCAGAUCAGCUCGGACCCUCCGAGGCACUCCCCGUGCUGGCAUUCCACGGCACGUCCCCGAGCAAUUUGACGUCGAUUUGUGAGCAGGGCUUCCGCAUGCCUGGCGAUCCCGACUUUGUGGCAACCACAGACGAUGGCUUUUUUGCGCGAGGCGCCUACUUUAGCGAGUACCCUGGCUACGCCAUGGGCUACAUUGAGGGGCAUACCAAGCUGCUCGUGUGCCAAGUUCUGCUCGGCCGGUCGCAUCGCUGCACCGAGCUCAUCCUCGGACAAGAGCGCGUGCCGGGCUUUGACUCGCACGUCAGCCCCGACGGGCGCGAGCUGGUUGUUUUCGACUCUGCGCACAUUCUCCCGUGCUACAUUGUGCACUUUGAGAAGCGGUCGUUGGCAGGAGGCCUCAGUGUCAUUGCCGGCUCUGCUGUCGAGGAGCGCAAGGAAGCCCUUGCCCAGCAGCUGCGUGACGCCAUGCCGAUGAUUGAGACCGACGACGAUGACGGUGAUGAUGUCUCUGGCCAGCGGGCGGAAGAAGACGACGAGCUCACGGUUGCAGCGAGCGCAACUCGCGCCAAGGCUCAGGCGGCGCUACGUGCCCCGGCCUCCAACUGUCUGGCGGGCUUUGUUUUCCAAAUCGAUGCGCGCCACAUGCUGGGUGGUGGACUGGUCUCCCUCACGACACUGAUUCAGCGCCAUGGCGGGCACUUUGUCUCCUCUUCUUCACUGCCCAACAACGAAAACGCGUCCUCGCUUGCGCACCUCUGUGUCGUGAGCGCUCAAGGUCCGUCCGGCGUUACAAGGCGCUCUGCACCCACUCCUGGCACCCCUGAAAGCAGAAUGUGUUUCAAGCCAAGUACGCUCAAGCAGUUUCCUAUGCUCGUGACCGAGCAUUUCAUUUACGAUUGCACCGAACGCGGCCGUGUGCUGAAUGCAAACGCGUACCGAGUUGAGGUGCAAGACCAUCCUGCUGGUGGUUCUCAGUCCCGCCAUGCGUCACCGCUCAAGCAACUUGCAGAGCGCUCCUCGCCAGCCCCUGAAGCAAGCGCGCCCGCCGCCAUGGAUGAGGAGCUGCAGCCUCCCGUCCACCAUCUUCCCAAUGCUCAGUGCUCGGAAGAGAUGGGUGUCUCAUUCGCUCCGGUCACAGAUAUGCUCCGCGUUGCAAAGCAAGACGCGUGGAACAACGCCAUCAAUGACAAUCAAGAACCUCCAGCAGAUGAUAUGGAUGUUGAUGUUGUCGGUGACGAAAUGGAUUCAGAUCCUUCAUUUGCAGCUGCCGAGCAUUCUACCCAUGCGCCAGACAAGUCGCCAUCGCGCGGUGGAUGGGGCUGUCUGGUGAUGUGAGCGUACGUGUUUCGAUCAUGACGGCUGUUUUUCUGUCUCUCUCUCUCUCUCUCUCUCUCUCUCUCUCUCUCUCUCUCUCUCUCUCUCUCUCUCUCUCUGUUCUUUGGUGUUGCAUCGUUGCGGUCCGCAUUGUUUUUCUUUUCAAAUGUAAUCCUUUUCGUUUGACUUUGUUGUCUG